AAGAAACAGGGUUUCCAGAAAAUCACGGAUGCUAUAGUUGCCAUGAUAACCAAAGAGGAAAGGGCAGAUCAGAGUGCCAAAUCCAAGAAACCCGCCUUUCCAAGCGACAUCAACCUGAGGGAUACAGAUGAGAAAGACGUUGCUAAAAUGAAUGUCGAUGAGCUAAUAGAGAACAUGACCUCUGAUACAAUAGAUGGGUGUAUCCACUUAUUGGAACAGCUGAAGGUCAACGAGCUAGUCAAUGAAUCAGAGUCCAGUGAUAGUGAUUCAGAGUCGGACGAUCCUGAAGUCCCACCAGUCAAAGAACCCAAGCCGAAGAAGAAGAAAAAGAGGAAAUCCAAGAAACAAAAAGAAAGUUUCCACCGCCCCAAGAAUCUCACCCCUGAAGUGAUCCCCGAGAGCAGAAAGAAGACAAAGUCUGUGGUCGAGUUUGACAGGCCUAAGAGUGCAGCGCUUCCCGCUAUUCACACGCCUCGUAACAGUGCAGACGAGGUGAAACGCUCCAAGAAGCAGCUCAACCCCCUCCAGGCCCCCUCCUCCGCCUCCUCUGCCAGGCCAGUCAAGGUGAAGUCAGGGCCUCUGUUUAUCAACAGAUAUGAGGGCAGGAGUAACGGAGGGAUACCAUGUUUCUCUCAGGAAAGGUGCUCUGAAAGAGCCGCCAAGCGCAUGUCAGACAUGAGGAAGCGAAUGGAAGAAGAAAGACAAAAGGAGUCUUAUUACUUGUCUGAAGAGGCUCGUUACAAGCGUUACAUGGCGCUGACCCACACUAUGCAGAUGCAGAAAUACCAGACGCAGGAAGACAUAAGACAGACAUUCCACAGCGCUAUGUAUGAUGGACCAAUCAAAACACACUACCAUCACGGAGGAGAUUUAUCACCCCGUCUCCUGGCGGUGGGGUCACCCGUCUCUCCUAAUGGCAUCAAGCAGUUUGAAGCAAGUGAAUCUGAUUCUCUGAGUGGGUUUGAUUCUGACCAUCACAACCCCCCAGGGGCAGGGGGUGCUGCCCCCCUCCCCCUCAGUGCCCUGUCCACCCCCUAUACCAACCGCUGUACCACCCCUCCACCCCCUCUGAUCCCCGUCCCCGUGUACCAGCCUCACCAGCAGCUCAUCACUGAUGUGGAUCCACAGGUUACCAAGUAUAACAGUGUAUUUGGCAAGUUCUCAUCAAGAAAUGUUCUGAAGUCCAAGCCUCCAUUUAGACAACCCCACGCCAUGCACCCGACAAGACUGGUACACCCUGACGAGGCCUAUCUUGCCAAACUGGUGUCAAAGGUCAAUGACCCCUCAGUCAAGGAAGAAUUUAUCACCUCAGCCUGGGAUCACCUAAGCCACCCCAAGACCGACGCCUUCAUCCCCGCCAGGAGUGGCCGAGGACCAAGUGAACUGUUUGGGUCCAGUAGGAAUGCACCACCCCAUGUGAUGUCCAAGGAAUACACCGACGCCUUGCUGGACAGUAUCAGACACAUUACUGUCACCCAACCUCUUAAUAUUGGGGACACUGGUGUGAGAUGGUCCAAGCAAGAACGUCAUAGCACCUGUGAGUAGAGGGGUUACUGAAAUGACUCCUGAAGAAUGAACUUGCUGGGAAAGUUAACAGCACUAAAUAUAUUUGUCUGACACAAAGUCGUGUGAACACGAGGAUAAAGGGUCCUAAAAGAAAGAAGGAUAAUGAAUCCAAGCAAACUGAAUACUACAGGAUUCAUGGAAAAAUAAGUUCCAAUAGUAUUUUCAGAUCAUGGUUCCUAUAGGAGUCAGAGAAUAUAUCAUACAGGAUCUCAAGGAAAAAAGAUCAAGAGUAAAAUAUCCUAUGGCAAUCAUUGGAAAAAGCCUUUAAGAUUUAGAAAAUUAAUCCUAUGGAAGACGUGGACAAAAACAGCUUGGAAAUUAACUAUUCUCAACUGGUAUUAAACAGAAAUACUAGUUUUACAUUACAGACAUGGUAUGGUGGUUGGAUAUAGAUGGACUCAUGAAAUGUAAAAUCAAUAAUAUGCAUUACAAGCACAUGCUUGAUCAUUUAACAGUGGCAACAGGGUUCAUCAAUUGUUGGCAUUUACUGAGAUGAAAACGCAGUGUUUACCAGAAAUUGGAACCUGAGGAUUGUCUGUGAUACUAUAUACAAUUUAUUUUAAGGGCCCUUCAACCCCCACCCCCUUACUUCAGUGAAUAGUCUGCAUAUAUGUCACUCUAACCUAACCAAGUAUGA